GACUGACGUCACCGCGCCGGCCGCGCGCGCAGCUAGCGCAGCGCAGACGAUCAUUUGAAAUCAGUCGCCAUAUCAUGAGUGUAUACCGCGCUCCUUCCUUUUCACGGAUCUCCUUCCAGAUUGGAGUGUGUUGUCAUCAUGGAUGACUUUGUUAAAGAGAAACUAGUGAUGUGGGGGCUGGAAAGAUUUCUGGAAAAUUUUGAAGAACAAGAGAUUGACCAAGAAACCCUCCUUCUCCUUGAUGAUCAAGCUGUGAAAGCGGAUUUGAUAAAGCCACUUGGUCCAAGAUCAAAGCUGCUCCAAAGGAUAAAGGAAUUGAAGGGACCAUCAUUGAUCUCUGAAGAUUGCACGUUCUCUGAAGAUAUCCCAAGUACUAGCAACUCCUCACUGUCUAUCCCAAGUGGUUCAUCAACAUCUAUCAUCAAACCACCAGAAGAUAUCCCAAGCACCAGCAACUCCUCAACGUCUAUCCGAAGCAGUUCAUCAUCAACAUCUAAACCACCAGAAGAUAUCCCAAACACCAGCAACUCGUCAGUGUCUAUCCCAAGCAGUUCAUCAACAUCUAUCAUCAAACCACCCGAGGCUAAAAAGAUCAAGAUGGCUCAUGACAUACGAGCCAUCUUGUCCAAACGGAGAGAGGGGGAGGAGCUUAUAAAGGAGAUGGAGGAAGGGUGCAUCAGCUACAAUUCACGAAAAUUGAUAGUGAACACAUUGGUCUCACACCUGAUAGAGACAUAUACAAAGUGGCCUAAAACAGAGCAAAAAUUGGCAAUGGCAAAAUGCAUUGUUACCCAGUUUCCUGCGUUGGACAAUGAUGAUCAUGAUGCUUACUUGACCUGGUUCACUCCAGCAAGCCAAAACAAAACAAAAGAUUCAUCAGGUUACAUUGAAAUGCGGCUAAGGAACGUCAGAUAUCGUGAUCCUGCCAGAACGCCAAAAGAAAGCAACAAGAAAGUGCAAGCAAACUUGCCUAAUACAGAAGACCUGGAUCUGUCGUCAGAUAGAGAUGAGGAAGUAGAUGCAAAAAUAAAGUGGCUUCAGGACCACAAAGAGCCAAGGCAACAAGUUCGAUCAUGGAUGAGGGAUACCUGUAAGGCGAGGGCAGGCUACAUUAGAGACAAUAAGGACAAACCUGUGCAAGAGCUUUUACUGUUGUUUCCACGUUUAAUUGACACAGAAGGAAUGGUUGACCAGGAUUUCCGAAUUCUUUUCCCACAAUCAGCAGAUAAGUUAUUCCUCACAUGGCCGAAAUUUUGCAGACAUGUCCUGAACUAUGCUGAAAAGCAGGUGGAUUGGAGGCUAUACCUUAACUUCAAAGGUGCUGUUGAAACAGGUAAAAUGGUGCUUAUGUCUAACAGCUUCACUCUUCUUUCAAACCUACAGUCAUCAGAAGAUGAACAGCCACAGGAGCUACCAGGACAGUCUGAGGGAGAUGCUAGGAAAAACAAGGGGGAAAACUAUGAUGUCCUGUUCAGAUACAAAGGGAGAGCUCGAGAGGCAAGUGCUCCAUAUGGCACCAAUCGUGAUGAGCUGUUAGACAUAGGAAUACGGCUAUUUUCAGAUAUUCCAAGUUCAAGCGCAGAUUGUCACCUUCUGUAUUAUGCAGAAAAGUGGAGUGAGUGGAUUGAUCUACCAGACAGAUUUACCCUUGAGUCUGCACUAAAAGUGAAGAUGGAACCAAUAGAUUCAGAAGAAAAGACAAAGGAGCCCAACAUGACUAAGAAGAGAAACCUCUUGGAGAAGAUAAGGGAAGCCAGCAGGAAGAGACCUUGCACCAAGAAAAUGCCAGAAAAUGCAAUGGAGAAUACAGUCUUUGCUGUGGACGAUGACUCUGAUUCAAGCAAUCUACCUGAUCCAGCAUUGACAGGUAUCAAUGAGAACAUCUUCAUCUGCAUGUACAAUAUGCUGCGACCGACCCAAAACAGCGUUCCUGGUUCCGUGCGGACACACAAUGUGCAUGACCUGUGCAACCCACUUUGA